CUCGUCUCACACCGGAGGAAUUCAACUCAUUUACUUCACCACCGUUUGUUCUUUCUUUCCCGAUCUGCACCGCCGAUUAGUCUCCUCCCAGGUAGCAUAGAUUGCGUGGGGAUGUCUUCAGCGCAAGAUCCAUUCUACAUUGUUAAAGAAGAGAUCCAAGAUUCUAUUGAUAAGUUGCAAUCUACAUUCCACAAAUGGGAGCGUGUCUCUCCUGGCAUGGGUGAUCAAGUCCAUGUCACUAAGGAGCUUCUUGCUAAUUGUGGCAGCAUUGAGUGGCAGGUAGAUGAGCUGGAAAAAGCGGUGGCUGUUGCAGCAAAAGAUCCUGCCUUGUAUGGUAUUGAUGAAGCUGAGCUUGAAAGACGGAGGAGAUGGACUAGUAAUGCUAGGACACAGGUGCGAAAUGUGAAGACUGGUGUCUUAGCUGGAAAAGGUAGUGCUGGAGCUAGUAAUGCAAGUGAAGUGCGUCGAGAGCUAAUGAGAAUGCCAAACUCGAAUGAAGCAAGUAGAUACGAUCAGUACGGAGGAAGAGAUGAUGAUGGAUUUGUACAGUCAGAAUCAGAUAGGCAAAUGCUGUUGAUCAAGCAACAAGACGAAGAAUUGGACGAGCUGAGCAAAAGUGUAGAGAGGAUUGGAGGAGUGGGGCUUACAAUACAUGAUGAACUUGUUGCACAGGAGAGAAUUAUAGAUGAGUUGGGAACGGAGAUGGACAGUACAAAGAACAGGCUAGAGUUUGUUCAGAAAAAAGUGGGAAUGGUAAUGAAGAAAGCAGGAGUUAAAGGGCAGAUGAUGAUGAUAUGUUUCUUGCUCGUCUUGUUCAUCAUCCUUUUCGUUCUCGUCUUCUUGACCUAAACAC